GGGAAGGCUAGGAGAGAGAGGAUGAAAAAAAAUUGAACCACUUCUUUCCCCCCCUUCCUCCUAAAAUAGAGAGCAAAGCUUGCGUCCAUGAGCAGGCAGCUGUGGUACACAACAAAUAGAUGACAAUUCCAUGUCAGUGAGUUUGCAUCUCUCUUCCUGGUCCAAGCUGUGGAGUGAGCACAGCCCUGCCAAGGAUUCCUUGGACCCAUCUCAUCCACUGGAUUCUUGUUCUGUCUCCUCAUUUCUCCAAUGCUUGGGUUUGAUUGAUCAGCACUUAUUCUGCUGCCUGUGCUUUCCUUCUCCUGACUGUAAUAAGCACUUCUAACCACAGGACUUGGGAUCUAUCUUUGUCAUAAGAGGACAGCCAUCCAGGAUUAUAGAGCUGCUUAGCUUUCCUUGUGAUCUUUCCCUGCAAUCAUGGAUGUUUUGGCUAGUUAUAGCAUAUUCCAGGAGCUGCAGAUUGUACACGACACGGGCUACUUCUCAGCAAUGCCAUCUUUGGAGGAGAAUUGGCAGCAGACUUGUCUGGAGUUGGAACGGUAUUUGCAGACCGAACCAAAGAAGAUGUCAGAGACAUUUGGGGAAGACUUAGACACUUUCUUGAAUGGUUCUAUUUCUCAAGGUACAGAUGGAUGUGCCCGUAAACUGGAUCCCAUUCUAAUUCCUGUGGACAUCAGUACGUAUGAGAAGCGUCCCAGUAUGGACCUGUUACUUUCACAAGACAAACUUCUGUCAGAAACAUGUGUUAGCUUACAGCCUGCCAGUUCUUCUACAGAAUGUUACACAUCUGUAAAUCAGGCACAGCUAAACGCCGUGACAUCACUAACGCCGCCAUCUUCUCCCGAACUUAGUCGGCAUCUGGUCAAAACACCACAGUCUCUUUCUGCUUUGGAUGGAACUGUUACAUUAAAACUGGUUGCAAAAAAAGCCUCUGUUAGUUCUGGAAAGGCUGCAGAAUCCUCAUCAUCUGCCAUAACAUCAAAGUGCGGGCUAAGUGACAGUGAGCAGGCUGGGAAUGCAGGAGAAGCCUCACCGGAAAAUAAGAAAAGAGUUCAUAGAUGCCAGUUUAAUGGUUGCAGAAAAGUCUACACAAAGAGCUCACAUUUAAAGGCCCACCAGAGAACGCAUACAGGUGAAAAGCCAUAUAAGUGCUCCUGGGAAGGUUGUGAUUGGCGUUUUGCUCGGAGUGAUGAACUUACACGGCACUACAGGAAACACACAGGGGCAAAGCCAUUUAAAUGCAACCACUGUGACAGGUGCUUUUCCAGGUCUGACCACCUUGCCCUGCAUAUGAAGAGGCAUAUAUAAGGACAUUUUGAGGUGUUAAUGGCUCUUCUGCCUUCUGAGGACCAAGGGUUGCAGUGGACACUUGUCAUUUUGUCCAUGGAAUUACAGGAUAUAGUGAACACUUUUACAUGUAAAACCCUGUACACAAAAAUCCAUAUCAAAUCUCCAUACACCGUCACGUUUCAAUAUAUUUGUCUGUUAUGCCUUACCCUCCAGCCUGACUGAAAGAGAUGCACAGAGGUGGAGAGUUGGAGGAUUUGGAAACAACUACAUACAGUACCAGGUGUUUUGAAGCCCUGCUGUGGAAAUGAAGAGCAGGAGAACAGUCAUCUUAAGGGGCUCUGAUGAACUCACUUUACUGAAGCUCAGAAGCUGCUAGGAAACCUCCUUCGAGUUGCAUUGUUGUAGCACUAAUAUUAUUUUUUUCUUAUAAUAUGUAAUGUAAGGGAAAAUGAAAAAAAAAAUGGAUUUCAAUCUAGGAAACCAAAUUCGAGCCUUUUGGUUCAUAACUGAAGACUCCUUAGAAAGAAACGUUCUAGACCUACUUAGAUUCUGUCAAGUGUUCUCCACUGGUUUUGCCUCAUUAUGGAGCUUUGACAUUUUUUAGGCUCAUUGCCAUAGGCCAUACUGGCACUGGACUGGUGGAAUAGAACAACUCAACCAUUUAUGCGAUUCUUAGAUCUAUUUUUAAGAAAGACAUAUGGAUGGAGAAGCACUCAAUUCCUAACUAAUUUAUUUUUACUUCUGUUGGCUGUAGCACAUCAUAUGCACUAGGAACUUACAUAAGCCACUGAUUUUGAGUAAAGAUUUAGCUUAUCUGUUGCAUUAGAGCACCCCACCACCAGUGUGUGCACUUCCAAAAGUUAAACAACCUUUCCAUUAUAAAAUUUUCAGUUGAUAUUUCCCCAUUUUUUUUUUUUUUUUUUUGAAAGGCUUUUUCAUAAGCUUUUACUAUAUGCGCUACAUGAACAAGUAUCUUGGUGAACUAUUGGAUCUCCAUCUGGACAGUUUUUGCUCGAAAUGGACCAGCGACUUAGACUUGGCUCCUAUCAUCUAAUGAGCGACAAGCCUUCUCCUACUGAACUUUCCAAACUUUGUGCUUGAUCAUUGACUUCUCCUAACAAUAUAACUAGUUAGAAACUUGAUGUUAUUUCCAGAGCAGCUGCAUUUUUGUACUUAAUAUUACCUUUUGAGUGUCAACAACAUAAAGCCAAAUAUAUAAAAUCACACAACAUUGGGUAAUGGAGGAAACUUUAAGCAAGUUGAUUUUGCCCUACUACUGACUCAUGAAGCAGACACGUUCUUGUUUACUGAGGUCAUUGAUAGGAUUUAGCCAGGUUAUUGGUAAAUUUUCCACAGGGUUAUUUCAGAUAUUACAGAGUACAGGUCUUUUCAGACCUUUUGCUGGUAACAAAAUCAAUAGUUAAUAGUAAACGUUUCCCAUAAGUGCAUAAACAGCAAAGUAUCUAUUAACAUGCUAUUUAAGUCUGUUGUCUCUGGUCUUUGCUCCAAAGACUGCCAAUCGUACCAUAUCAAGUGGUCAAUUCAAGUAGGUGUGUUGGGGAACAGGUUGUAUAUUUUGUAUAUUCUGGGACCACCCCUAAGCAGCUAGUAAAAUUGCACAUUUGGUCCUACUUUUGUCCACAUAAACGCAGCUCUUUUACCCCAGCCGGCUGGCAUCUUUUUAACUUGUUUUGACUCCUUGACUGUUAAUCAAAAAAAAAACGAAAAAAAAAAAAAACAAUAAAAAAAAAGAAAAAAAAUGUAAAAAAAAAAUCAAAAACAAAAUAUGUCAUAAAAAAACAAAAAAUAGAAAAACACCUUAAAUAUCUGAAUCUUAAAACUCAAAGGAAAAGAUUGAUACAUGAAAGAGUAUCCAUGGCACUUAAGGCUUAAACUUAAAGAUGCCAGUGGGUCAAGAAUUUCCGUUGAUCGACCCCGCUGGUUUCUUUCUAAACAAUUUUCAAACUUCUAUUAAAAAAUGAGACGUGGACCCUGCAUAAAAUAAUUCUUUCACCGUCUAUAUGUUUUUAUUAUUUCAUUGAUUUUAGUAUGACCUGAGACCAAAACAUAACAAGAUUAUAGGUGUUCCUAAGAAUCUGAUGGAAGAAGAAAGAGAAUAAAAAGAUAAAGUUUAAUUCCAAAGAUUUAAAAAUCGCAAUGUACUUACAAUACCUGAAGCACUGCUUGUCGACAAUCCUUGUAGUCAUCUGCUUCUGCAUACUAGAUAUACAUAUUUUAAUGUUGUGGCCAUUCUGAUGAAUUUUUAAUGUUGUCGUAAAAACCAAGGAACAUUGACACAUACAAUGUAACAUAAAACUUUACAUUCUUACUGUGUAGUGCAUUUCAGGAGAUACCUUCCUUGUACAUAUUUGUAACACAGAUGGUUGACUGAGGAGCAUGUAGAGAAGAGGAAAUAACACUUCCCACCAGCUCGGUGUACCUUUUGGGUAUGCAACUUUUAUGAAUGGGGAAACUAAUAUAUCUUUUAAUGCCAUUACUGCAACUUGUUUAUUUUAUAUUGGGGGAGGGGGGGUCUUUAGCACUGUUUCGAGCUCUAUUUAGAGUAAGAUUAUACAGAUCAGUAUUGACCCCAAUGCUUGCGUAGGUUUUAAUAACACAAAAUUGUGGAGGAUUCUUUGUUUAAUGUUAGGGAUAAGCAACUGCAGAAGGUGCACAUUUGAUUGUGCACUUUAACUGCUUUAGGCCAUCAAAUAUUUUAAAAAUACAUUUCUGUAUUUACAAAGAGAAUGAAAAUCCUGAGUAAAUACUGUAGAAAAGAUCGCUGCAAUCAUAUAACUGAAUUAUACUAUGGUCUGACUCUUAUUUUUACAAUGUGUGGACAGCUUAUGAAUGUUAUUUUGCCAUAUAUGUUACCAAUAUUAAAUUGCAGUCAAGGUUUCCCGUAAGUGUCAUAAACAUAAAUAUUGCCUUUAAUGUUUAAAUUCCACAAAUUUACUGCGUGCAAAACACAAAACUAAAAUCCAUUGUAACAAGAGCCCACAUGAAGCCCAGAGAAAAAUCACUGCUUUUGCCAUUGGGUUGUAUUGGUUUUGCAGAAAUCUCCUAUUUACCUGAACUGGAGUGAGCAGCUAAACCAUACGCAGUCCAUGGGGGAGGCGUGGUUCUGCUUCUAAAAAAACAGCAAGAUCUUUUUUGUAAACUCAGGACACCCUUUUAUGUGGAUAAUGUAGCAGAAUUUCCUUAUUUUUUUAUCACUUAAAGGGUUACUUACGUUCCGAACGCUGUGUGCGGGCUUCUGUGUUCACCCUCGCCCCCUCUUGACAUCACGCCCUGUCAUGUGACGUCACGUCACGUCCCUUCAAUGCAAGUCUAUGGGAGGGGGCGUCGCGCAACCUUCCCAUAGACUUUCAUUGAGGGGGCAGGCCGUGACGUCACGAGGGGGCGGGCGUGAACACGGAAGCCCACACACAGCGUCGGGAACUCAAUAUUCCGGAUGCUGGGGAGCGGAAUAACCCUAAUAGUAUCAGCUCCCUCUAAUUAUAAUAGACAAAUAGUGGACCAAUUUCCCUUCAUAUAUUCAUAUUUCUGGAUUGACAGCUGUAGGGAAUAUAUAACAAAUUAAUUUCAGCACAUUAGUUAAUUGAAUUUCGGAAAAUAAAGCUCUAAUUUGAUACAAAAAACAAACAAAAUGUUUUUAGUAUGAUUGAAAAUAAGAAACACUUUCUAAAGAUCCUGAAUAUUAUUAUGCAAGUUUUAGUCCUUUUCAUGUUUUCACAGUAACAUGUUCUAGACAUUAUUUUAAAAAGUUUGAGGCUAAGUUCAUGUUAGUGUUGUGCUCCUUUCCUUUGAAUAUCCUUCUGGCUUUUUUUGUUGUUGUGCUGAAUGAACCAUGAACGGUUCAGAGUACAACAUACUCCGCCGAGUCCUGAUGGGUCCCAAUGACUUUGAAUGGGGUCUGUCGGGUUUCCAUCAAGUGUCAGUUGUUUAGCAGGGAAAAAUUACUGCUUGCAGUAUUGUUUUCUCUGCUAAAGUCCUGUAAUUUAGGUGGAACUUCUAACAACGGAGCACAACGCUGAUGUGAAUGAGGCCUAAAAGACAGUUCUGUUAUGUCACAAUGAUACACCAUCUGUGAGCAAUAUUGAAAAUGACUGUGUCAGUAUAUGAUGGCCAAUUUGACUAUGCCUAGUUUAUCCUGUGUUGGGCAUCAUGAAUUACUUUAUAGCUGAAGUGAAAUGGAUUUGAACAGAAGCAUUGGUUCACUGCUGCGUAGCUCACACACCUCAAUAUCAUCUUUAAUAUUUAUGAUUCAUUUUCUUGGCUGCUUCAUGGCUUUGUGCAGCAGAUUGCAAAAAUAGUAUCCAUAGGAAAAGUUUCAUGAAGCGUGGGAUAGCUUAUGCUCUUCUCAUCUGUGCAGCAUUAAAUGCACGUGUAUUCCUAUUUUUUGUUUGUAAUCUAUGUUCUGCAUACAUGAUUGGAAUACACCCAAAGACUGUUACAGUCAUUUUAAACCCUGUUUGAAAAGUAUCUAUUGAAUUUAUUCAUAAAGUCAUGGCUACCUAUGAUAGCUCAUUGCAAUCUGCAGGAUAUACAUAGGUCUUAAUAGUGUUUGAUGCAUUACCUAUCCACAGGGAUUCAUACAUUAAUGGCAGACAUGUUUUCCCCAUCUGCUUGAUGUAGGCAGCAGAAGAAACAAAAACGGAACUUAUUCCAAGCGCCAGAUUCCUUGAGAUA